AUGGGCAGCAUCGAGUUCAAGAACCCGGCUACUACCACUCUUCUGGAGUUGGUCAAGUCCCGCCGCACUUACUACAACCUCAAGGCGGAGAGCCCUAUCUCCGACGAUGCCAUUGAUCACAUUGUCCAGGACUCUGUCCUCCACGUUCCCAGCUCUUUCAACACUCAGACUUCUCGCGUCGUUCUUUUGUUGAAGGAGGAGCACAAGAAGUUGUGGGACAUUGCUAUCAAGGUCAUGGAGGGUCUUGUCGCUGCUGGCCAGGUCCCCAAGGAGAUGUUCGAGAACAGCACCAAGCCCAAGCUCGAGGGCUUCAAGGCCGGCUACGGAACUGUUCUUUUCUUUGUUGACUACGAGUCCCUGGCUGCUAUCAAGGAGAAGUUCGCCAUCUACGCUGCCAAGUUCGACCCCUUCGCCCUGGAGUCCAACGCCAUGUCUCAGUACUUCGUCUGGCUCGCUCUUGAGUCUGAGGGCUUCGGUGCCAACCUCCAGCACUACAGCCCCCUCAUUGACGAGGAUGUUCGCAAGACUUGGAACCUGCCCGAGUCCUGGAAGCUGGACGCCCAGAUGGUCUUCGGUGUUCCCGCCUCUGAGCCUGGCGAGAAGACUUUCGCCCCUCUCGAGGGCCGCUACAAGGUCUUCGGAAAAUAG